AUGAAAUGCUCUUCACCAACUGAUGGUGAAUCAGAAGAAUGGCUAGAAAUCCGUACAUCAACUAACAAAGACAUCCCAGAGCACUAUUUUUCAAAAGAAUGGGCAAGUCGUCUUAUAGAAGAAAACCCAAUUGAAGAACCAUUCGGCGGGCUUCAUAAUUUAGGAAACAGUUGCUUCUUAAAUUCAGUCCUUCAAUGCUUAGCAUAUACUCCUGGUCUUGAAAAACUGUCUAAUUCACUUCCCAACGUUAUAUUAGAAAAUUGUUCAGGAAAAUCUUGCUUUUUAUAUCACUUUGGUCAACUUUGCAAAGCUCUACGCAGGCUACCAAUCGCAGCUCCCCACAUUUUCUUUGCAAAUAUGAGACAAAUUUCUUCAGAUAUGGAAUGUGGUGUCCAACAAGACGCCCAUGAAUAUCUCUUUGCUCUUCUCAACCACUUUGACGACGAAUGCAGGGCGCCAAAAGAGAACAAAGCUGCUACUUACGAUACACCAGUUGAUUCAUUUUUCGGAGGAUUAUUCAGAGAAACAAAAAUAUGCGCCAGAUGCGGACAUAACGAUCAAACGACCUCAAAAUUCUAUGAUAUUACAUUGCCAUUGGACGCUGAUACCCUUGAUGGCUGUUUUGAAAGUUUUAUGAAGCCAAGAAACGUCGGAAGCAACUACAUCUGCGAGCAUUGUAAACAGGCAGGUACAUGCUCUACAAGAACUAAAUUUGCGGACACUCCAAACAUUUUAAUUAUUACGAUGAUGAGAUUUACAGCAACAGUUAACAAAGACGAACGCCAAGUUGAUUUCGGUUUGAAUAUCGAUCUCAAGGAGUUCGUUGAAGAUGGCGUCGAACACUUUUAUGAGCUUUUUGCCGUAAUUAAUCAUUCAGGCCAUCAAGUGAACCGUGGCCACUUCACCUGUUUCGUCAAAUGCAACGGCGGCUCAUGGUAUAACUGCGACGAUACUAAAAUCACCAAAGACACCGCUCAAAAUGUUUUAGAUUCCAAACCUUACGUUCUUUUCUACAAAAGAGUCCAUGGACCAGAAUCCGCUCCGAUCAUGGUCACGUUCGGUAUCGCUCCGACCGAGAAAAAGAAAAAGGACGCCCCUCCAAAACCGGCAAAAACGAGAAGAAGGGUUUUGUACGACGAAGAAGAGGAGGAACAGGUGGAAACAUCAAAGGUCCCUCAGCUUCCGAAGACACAAAACGAAGGUUUCUUCAGCGAAGUUUCAGAUGGAGAAAACGAUCUGAUUGAAGAUGGAGAAAUGGUUGUUGAGAAGACAUUCAAGAACACAGAUGAUAGGCUGAUCACAAUGCAUCUAGUUUGCACAGUUACAAAGAAGAGACUAUAG